AUGGCAUCUACGUUGGGCCACAUUAGAACUUGUCAAAAUUGCGCUCGCGGCAAAAUCCGAUGUAUCCGAGCUCCGGAUUCUUCUAUCUGCGAUCGGUGUCGCCGUCUUGAUAAGGAGUGCUAUUUUCGGCCCGCUCGGUCUCGCUAUAAUCCUGCCAAAAAGGGAACACGAGUCGAGGCUCUCGAAGCAAAAGUGGAUCAGCUUCUAGCAAGAGUUGUCAAUCAACAUAUUCAACCCCAGCUUGAUGUUCCUACAACUCUGCCUCAUCCAGAGCGUGAUUCUUUCCAAGAUAAACACCAAGAUGUUAUUGCUCGCGGGGUUGUCUCGUACGAUGACGCCCUGAAGCUUCUUGAAUCAUUUAGGCAAAAUCUGAUGCCAUGUUUUCCAUUUGUCAUUAUCGCACCGGAAGUGACGCUAACUCAACUACGAACGGAGAAGCCGUUUCUGUUGCUGGCUAUUCUCAAGGCCUCGUCAUACAAGGAUGUAGCUGCUCAACAGAUUUUGGAAGAGACUUUCCAAAGAGCGGUUGCUGACCAAAUGAUCUUCGCCCAUAAUCCAUCUAUGGACGUAUUGUUGGGACUUCUUGUGGCUUUAGCUUGUCGCUCGACAAUAUUGCAAAAGGAUCGCAUGAUGACUCGGUUAUCAUAUGUUGAAAAGCAUGCACUUGAAUUACUGUCGAAUGCCGAGCUUGCUAGUGAUCGCUACUUGAUCCACUUAGUAAGAUUGCAACAGAUCUUUGAACGGAUCGAUGACGCUGUGGUCACUGCUGCGAACUCAGUACGAGAGGCCGAUAUGCAUGCGUUUCAGGCCGAGAUCGACGAGUACAGAACGACUUUGCCCGCAACUUUCUCGGAAAAUUCACUUCUACAAUUUCAGCUACACACCCUACAGCUAUUUCUCUGCCAGGCUUGUUUAUUUGAAAAACAUGAAACAGCCACAUUUUUCCCCGGUUCUCGCCACUAUAUGGACGCCGGGCUUCCACCACAUCUCCAAAGUGGUCACCAACCAUUAGAUUUAUCACCUUUCCAGGUCGAAUUUCUCAAUCGUGGCAUGACCGAAGCAAAGAAAUUCUUCGAUUACCUGCUCAGAUUUGCUCCGGAUACUUAUCGACUGAUAAGUCAUACCCAAUGGCUUCAAACUGGCUUCAAUCUGGUUCUGGGUUGCAAACUUGCCGUGACGGGGGCGAAAUAUGCCCCGCGAAGUCCACAUGUUCUUGCACUAUGCUCGGCUCUCAACAUGCCGCAAGUUCUGCGGGCCGUAUUAAAGCGCAUCCAAUGGCUCAGCAAGGAGAGAUUGACUACAGAUGGGAAGCAACACUCCAAAUACUUCUACGAGGCAUGGCUGUGGCAUAUUCUUGAAUGGUUCGAGCAAAAAUAUCAUCUGGUACCCUUGGAAGAUACGACUCAGGUGCCUACAGGAUUGUCCGAUAGUCGUCUCAGUUCGUCCGUUUACAAUGGCCCAUCCGCGCAGAAUGUACCGCCGACAGGCGAAGAUUAUGACGCCACACAAGGGGCACAGGCAGAUGACACUGGUCUAUGGCCGGACUUCCUCUGGAACAUAAGCACGGAUGACAUACUUAAUGGGUACAUGGGGUUUCUGGAUAUGCCCUAUCCCACGUUACAGUCUGGAGAUGAGAUGUCACUACCAUGA